UGACGUUCUCAAUCUCAUCAAAAAGGAAUCAUUAUAGCAAAAGCCCUGUGAUGUUUAAAAUAACGUGCUGGUGACGACACGCUUUGUAUGUUGCUACAACGUAACAUUUGCGAGAGAAAUACCCUACAGCGACAUUGUUGCAGCGAACAUCAAAGAAGAAAGGAAGAAGAAAUAAGAAUAAGAAAAAGGAAUGUCAGAUGAAGAAGACAACCCACCGCCGUUAGACACCAACGCAGAAGAGGAUGAUGAAGAAGAAGUAGGGGACGGGGGUUUUACGGCGGAGUUGUUAGGAGACCCGUUGUUUGAGAUCAGCGGUCAGGGACCUGCACCGAUUAAAGACCAUUUCUGUUUACAGAUCACUCCUAAAGAGGUGAUUUGGCGAUGGUGGAAGAUUUCUUUACGAGUCGACAACACGAAACCAGGAGAGCAGCGAGAGAAACACAAAGACUAUCUGGAUGACAGCCGGCUGCAUGGUCAGGUAAUGGUGGUGUUUGGUCCAGAUGUGCUGGAGUACACUAAGUGUCUGUGUGGGCGUCAGUAUGAUUAUCUCCCGCGUCUCCCGGAUCCUUUGCUUCUCCGCAUCAUGUCAUAUUUGGAUCUGGAGGACGUGGCGCAGAUCGCACUCACCUGUCAAAAGCUCAAACAGCUCUGUACCUCGGAGCAGUUCUGGGAGCAGAUCGUACGCCUGCACUGUGACAAUGUGACCACCGGGAUGGAGGAUUUGGCUCGAGAGGUGGGAUGGAGAUGUGUGUUCUUCACCAACAAACUGCUGGAUCAAAAGAAAAAGACCCAACUAGUAGUGAGUGACCCCACGGCGCUGGACGAUUUAGACGACGAUGAUGUAUGAGCAAUAACAUGGGACUGGAACAGGAGCAGCUUCACACAUCUUAAACAAUUUAGUUCUGGCAGCUACAAGAACAUUAGUCCUAAAAAAAAAAUCAGCUCUUAAAGAAGCUGUUCAUAUGCUCCUGAAGCAAUCGACAAAGAAAAAAGGAAGAACAGAUGGAAGAAAUGAAAGAUGUAUGGAAUGGAAGAAUAAAAAUAAAAUGAACAAAAAACAAGCAAACAAACACAAAAUCAAGGACCACCACUGCACAUAAUCUACUAAAGAAAGUAAGCGAGAUUAAAAAAUAUAUAGGAAGGAAAGACGGGAGAAUGGUAGAAGGACCAGAUAAAGAAACAAUAAAACAAGCAUGAACUAUGAAAAAGGAACACCAUUUCUACUGAAUCAAUCAAUAAAGAAGAAGAGAAAUAUGUUAAAGAACAAAAGAAAUAAAUAAGAAGAGAAAUGCACUGGAAAUAAAUUUCAUAAAAAUGUGUGGAAAAUAUAUUUUAUAUGAAAUGAAACAGACAAAGGGAAUAUGUAGCAUCUUUAUUUAACAUCCUACAAGUGAGACAGAAUAUAUAAAGAAGCACCCCU